GUCGACCAAAGCACGGAUCCCAUUCGCCGUGCGUGCUGCUUACGGUCUGCGUUUUUUCUUAGUUCUUCUGUUUAUAAUGCACGACUGAUCGCUAAGAAAAGAAGUAAGUAUUUGAAUCUCUUAAACGCUUCCGUUCGCCAAGAUGCCACUGUCUGCGAAGUUUACUUGGACGGAAGAUUUGGAUACGAUCACAUUCGUGGUGCGUAUUCCGGGGGUGAAGGCGAAUAAAUGUGUGGUCGUAAUUUCUCCUGUCUACGUGAAGGUCAACCAAAGUCCGCACUUUUUCGAGCAGGACUUGCUACACGAAGUAGACCUCGGGGGCUCCCAGGCGCGCGUCGCCCCGGACCGGGUUACACUCCUCCUGAAAAAGAGAAGUCCCGGCACCUGGGGCGAUUUCCGCUAUGCGAACAGCAGUGCGACGGGGGGCAGGGUAACUAAAUUGGAGCUUGUGCUGGGGUAGUUUAAUUUCGUUGGAAAUCUCCUGGGUUAAUCACACUACUACUCGAAAAAUCUGAUUUCUAGGUUCUGUAUGUGCAUUGUCUACCUAACAGGAAGCGCUUUUGGCACGGCGAAAGGAGUCACUUCAGAAGUGGGAGGAGCGCGAGCGGCAACUGACGGAGCAGCGCAAGGACCAGCGCUUUCAGUUGAACAAAAAGGCUGAAGAGGAGCAAUGGCGACUCGACCGAGAAGGCAGGGAGAAGAUCGAAAAGUGGAAGGAAGAAGAAAAAGAAAUCGCAGAAAACGAAGUCUUCGACGUGCUCGACAAUCUGGGGGAAAAGCGUACAAAUCUGUUUAGCAGAAAAAGAAAACGGCUCUGGUCUCUUUGCUGACUUACAGUUGAAACAAUGGCAUCUGAUUCGAGAACGAGAACUAACCGAACCUGCUUCAGUUUUGCCUUUUCCAUUUUCAUCCGUAAUUUCUUCGUCGACGUCUGUGCGGAACAAUUUUUCCUGUCCAUCACAGCAAAAUUUGGGGGUCCUGUCGAAAGACGAAAGCCCGGCGAGGAAUACCGCAGCACGUGCUCUGGGUCCGCCGGUGGUAGCACCAGUAGCAUUUUCCGCGAUGACGCGCCGGCGUCGGCAAAAAUUGAAGAGGUUCCGGAUUCGGAAGAGGACGAAGAGGAAGACCUCGUUGACAGCGAUGGCGAGAACGAGCCCGCGCCAAAAGUCAAGGCGAAAAAGGCGGAGAACAUCACGGAUAAAAACACCGACCCGGAGGACAAUCAGAAGAUAGAAGCUGCAGGGGCCCGUGAUGAAAAAGACCCCGACAGCGAGGAGGAGUAUCAGAUGGAGAUCUUGCCGCCAAAACCGCACCUGCCAGAGGUUCGCCAAGCCGGUACGCACAAGAUGAUCCUGCCGAUGACCCGACACGCAAAGCCCGGCGUUCCGGCGCGUGAUAGGCCCGGCCGCGCCCCACCACACCCGAGGGAUCUGACUGGCGUGGCCGCGCGUAUGAAAGUGAUAGAUUUUGCGACAUAUUUUUCUGGGUGCAACGAAAAAUCAGUAUCAGUCACGAAAACAUCUGAUGAAAUGAAUGCAAGUAUGAGUUGAAGUUCAACUUCACCUUGGACAAUCAAAAGGAAAACAUACAAACAUCCCACAGCCAAGCAGCACAAACUAGCUGGCGAAACGGACUACGACGAGUCCGACCCCGUGUGGCUGAAGGACAAGGCGGACAAAUGCAUGGCCGCGGGGGAUUACCCGAGCGCUAUGCAGUAUCGUACGAAAAAAGUGUUUCACUGUAAGGAUUUUGCAAGUUUUGCAUUACAAGUUCGUUACACAUGACCAAGAAAACUUGCCAUGCGUGCUUCCUAAGGGAAAACACGUUGAAAAACCCAGUGUCUUGCAUGUGUAGCAAGACAACUAGUUGUGUGCUCCAUUCUAUGCAUCACAAGUUCACAGUGAAACAGUUUUUUCGUACGAUAUGCAAGCAUACACGACCGCACUUACCGAGUACUCCAACGCGCGCGCCUUCGCAAAUCGGGCAGUGUGCGCCCUGUACCUCGGGAAGCUGUCGAACUGCAUCGAGGAUUGCAAUCACGCGAUAAAGAUCCUGAACAUGAAGACCAAAGUGCCCGACGGCCACUGCGCCCCGCCGAAGGACCCGGAAGACGAGAAGUUGCGCGCACGUGUUCUCGUAAGGCGCGGCGUCGCCUUUCUCUGGCUGGGAGAGUACGCCCGGUGCGAGGAUUCGUUCCUCACUGCACUGGACCGGAACGAGUGUGAGGAGUGCGCACUGACGAAAGAGGAACGAGGCAUUUUGCAGGAAGAUCUGCAACGCGUCCGACUGGCUGCCAAAGCGUGCGAGAAGAAGCGGGAGAUUGACAAGAAGCUUCGAACGACGAACAACGUGCUCGACAAGGAGACCCAGGCGGUGAUUCUGAAAGAGUAUGACGAUGCGUUCUUGCUGGAAAAGGAGGAGAACGCCGUCGUUUGCGCGAACCGGAGUUUUGUGAAGCUGCAAGCGAUGGACAUUGAAGGUUGUUUACAAGACGCCGACACGACCUGCGAUUUACUCGCCAGGUGGCCGGUGGCGCGGAAUGCACCGAAGCUUCCCGAAAAGCCGCAGCGACUGGAUCCGCCGACGCUGGAGGACCACACCUUUCGCAACCCGAACGCCAGCAAAACGGACGAGAAAGACUGGCUGAUGAAGCACCACGGGUCGCCGAAUGACGGGAAGUUGCCCGAUAUCCCCGAGGAGUUUGAGUGGGUGCGGGACGCGUCCGAGAAGAAAGACGAGGCCUGGAUUGCGGUGCGCAAAAAAUUGACGCGGGACCAGAUUACGGCGAUCCGGGCGAAGAUCACGAAGUUUCAGGAGGCGCUCUACACGCGGAACAUUGACGUAAUCGACGCGGCCAUCGAGACGGCGCGGCAGGAGAACCUGGCGAAGGAGGGGCCGUGCAGCGAAGCCUUGCAUCAGGCGGGCGAGUACCGGAUGAAACUGUCGGAGUAUCUGGACGAGCAAAAAAAAAGGGCGGAACUCGACCAGGAGAAAAUGAAAGAGGAAGACAGAACGGUACUUAUGUGCUGGGCUAUGGGUCAAGUCAUAGUUUUUCGUCUUCACUGCACCGUCAAAGUCAAUGACUUCUACUUUUCCUCAGAGUGACAUGCAGUCGCCGAGAGGGAAAAAUUGAAAUGCGAUCCAGAUGGAUAGGAGCGACUGCGCAAAGAGAACUCUGUGACAAAAACAAGAAAGCAUUUUUCCAUGAAAAUCUAUCUUCAGAGCACCGAGUUUUUCGAGCGCAGUCUGAUUGCCACGCAGCCUGGCUGUUUUCGCCGCGACCACCCGUGCGAGAAGACUCGGCGCAGGCUUUUUGUGAAGACCCGUCUCCGCCAGGCUCGCGCGUACGAACUGCAGGAGCAGUUCGAAGAUGCGUCGAAGGCUCUGGAGAUGGUACUCUCGGCGGAACCGAAAAAUCCGGAUGCGCUGCAGCUUCGAGCGAAAAUUGCGGGAAAUCUGAAAAAGUUGGGUGGCAAGGGGGAACAGGAAGACGAAGGCACCACAGCAGCCGGUACUAGUACUUCCGCGUCCGGGCAGCUCAGUGCAACUGAGGCAAAGAACGUGGAAAGGAUCAUCCAAAAGAAGAUUUUAGGCGGUGGUGGUCAGAACUCGAGUUCCGCUGAGGAUGUUGAGGCGAAAUCGAGAUCGCGUGCAACUGCAGGAGGGGCAAAAUCUGCCGCAGUGGUAGAAGACUCCGAUUCCGAGGACGAAGAUGACCCGGAGGACGGGUCCCUGCAGCAGGCGGAAGUCGCAAAGUUGGUCGGCACGGCCACGAAGUACCUCGAAAAGGGAGAGUUCGAGUCCGCGCUGCAGAUUUUCAACUACGCACGUACCAAGGGCAAUUUUCAGUUGGCUGCAGGACCACACCAAGCUUCUGCUUCUGGAGCCGCAUCUUCAAGUGGUGAGGAUCUUUUCGAGGAAGAGCUCCGCGUCCGGCUGAACUGUUGUCUCUGUUUGCAAAAAUUGAAGCGGGUUCAAGACUUGUUGAAAAUGUGCGACGAGACCCUGCGGGCAAUCGAGUCCCGAAAGCCGCAGAGUUCGCAUCCGCGACUCGAGGCGGCGUGUCGGACCAGGCGCGGGUGGGCACUCCAUCAGCUAAACCGAAGUGCGGAAGCAACAGAGGAGGGGAAGAAAGCGCAAGCCUUGCUGCGAAGCUGAGCCGCGCUAUGGAACAAACCAGGUUCUUUUGAAUAUCUUCGUCAGUUCCUCCUCGCUGUGCUUAAUUCUGUACAUGUUGAUGAAAAAACAAGACGAUCACCAGCUAUUGAGCAGAUGGUUCGAACGGUUUAAACGGAAGGACAAAAAGAACGAAGACGAUCGAACAUACUGAAAUAAGAAAUGAAACGCUGCGCUUGAAAGUGCAACAACAGUUGCUUUCGCCACACAGCGAU